UCGGCGGCGGUAGCAGCGCGAGCCCGUCAGAGCGGCAGCAGCGGCGGCGGCGGCAGCAGCAGCGGCUCGAGCCUCCUGCUCCUCCUCCUCCCGCGCCCUCGCCUCGUCCUCGCUCGCUCGCUCCCUCCCCGUCGGGCCGCAGCCCCAGCCCGGGAGCCGCCCGAGUCCAGCCCGAGCCGGAGCCGCAGCCGGAGCCGCAGCCGCCCGAGGCGCGGGCGCACGUGGCCGAGCGAGCCCCAGCCCAGCCCGGCCCGGGCCCGACGAGGAGCCGCGGCGGCGGCAGCGCCACGAGCAGGAGCGGCCCGAGCAGGCGGCGGCAGCGGCAGCGGCAGCAUGGGCGACCGGGAGCAGCUGCUGCAGCGCGCGCGGCUGGCCGAGCAGGCGGAGCGCUACGACGACAUGGCCUCCGCCAUGAAGGCGGUGACCGAGCUCAAUGAGCCCCUCUCCAAUGAAGACCGAAACCUGCUCUCCGUCGCCUACAAGAACGUGGUUGGUGCUAGGCGGUCUUCCUGGCGUGUCAUCAGCAGCAUCGAGCAGAAGACCGUGGCGGACGGCAACGAGAAGAAGCUGGAGAAGGUGAAGGCCUACCGGGAGAAGAUCGAGAGGGAGCUGGAGAGUGUCUGCAGCGAUGUGCUGGCCCUGCUGGACAAGUUUCUCAUCAAGAACUGCAACGACUUCCAGUACGAGAGCAAGGUCUUCUACCUGAAGAUGAAGGGCGAUUACUACCGCUACCUGGCGGAGGUGGCCGCCGGCGAGAAGAAGAGCGGCGUGGUGGAGUCCUCCGAAGCCGCCUACAAGGAGGCCUUUGAGAUCAGCAAGGAGCACAUGCAGCCCACCCACCCCAUCCGGCUGGGGCUGGCCCUCAACUUCUCCGUCUUCUACUACGAGAUCCAGAACGCCCCUGAGCAGGCCUGCCUCCUGGCCAAGCAGGCCUUCGACGACGCCAUCGCCGAGCUCGACACGCUGAACGAGGAUUCCUACAAGGACUCCACUCUGAUCAUGCAGCUGCUACGAGAUAACCUCACCCUCUGGACGAGCGAUCAACAGGACGAGGAGGCGGGAGAAGGCAACAACUGAGCGCCCGACGCCCCCCAUCCCCCCACCCCCGCCCCGAGCCAUCCCCAUCGUCCUCACUGACACACGUCCCUCAGUACCUAGUGCUAAACCUAUCUGUAUUGUCCGCACAGCGACUCGAAGCUGCCCGCCCUCCCGCGAAUCAGGAAGCAGCCCCGACAAGGCGUCACGGGCACUGCGGGAUCGAUGGGCGCUUGGAGCCCAAGCGUGCUCCCUCCCUUCUUGGGCUGUGCACACAGGAGGCUCUUGAUUGGUUGUGUGCUGGGAAUCAGAGUGCAGGGAAGGGAGGGAGGGAGGGAGGGAGGGAGGGGAGAUUGGAAGGAGAAUUAGUCUACAUUGAUCUUAAAAGUGUGUCCCAUUUCAGCUGAGCUAAUAGUGUUUUGUUGAGCAGUGCGUCACCUGCAUGCGGAAUACGUUGACCCCCCCCCCUCCCCCCACCACUGUCUCUCCGCCAACGGGAAACAGGUACAGGAAGCUGAUGCACCAAGAGACAAGCCGAUCCCCCGUCAGCUUACAAGGGACUGUCGCAAAUGUGAGCUUUCAACAAUGCCUUGUUUUUGCCUCUUUAAAUUAUGUGCACAAACCUUGUUUUCAUUGCAAUGCCUCUAAAAGUUUUGAUACUUGUAACUUUGUUUUUUUGGUUGCGAUUGUUCAAGAAUCAUGGAUUUAUUAUUAUUAUUAUUAUAUUUUUUUUGGUAGCUCUGGCCGUUGUCCUUGUGUAUUCUGACAGCGAGUGCCAUGUGUCAGCCCAUGUCAAUCAAGGUGGGUGAUUGUGAAGCACCAGACUUCUAAAAUAAAUGUUUUGGAAUUCAGUGGAUAAAAUAAAUGCUGCUUUGGGGAUAUCAUCGCUA